AUGAAAGAUGCGGUGAAAUUGAAUGAUAUGAUUGUGGACUCAUACAAUAGUGACACAAGCGUGCAAGCUUUACUAUCUUGGAUUUCUCCAGCAAAUCCUGCUGCUCCUCGAGCAGCUCCUGCUGCAACCCCACCGCCUGUAUCGAAGAAGCAUAGGAAAAACCCAGAUUACUCGAUGUUGUCCGAGGACGAGAUCGCUGAGUUUCGACAGACUAAAGAACUUCCUUUACCGGAAUCCACACAACUACUACUACCAAGUAUACAUAUCCAUGCCCGAUGGUAUUUCAACACAAACGAGUAUCCGCCACUGAAAUCCAAAUUGGACAAAAGGUAUAUGCGUACGGUUUUCCCCUCGUUGAUAGCACACGGAAAGCAGCUGUAUUACAUGAACCGUCUUGUAAGCAAACUCAUGAAACCUCCCAGUCAUAAAAUGAAAAGAAUAUCUGGCACAGGCCAUUGGAUCUACGUCAUCAACACUCCUUGGAACAGGGAUCUACGGACUGAAGAUUUUAGGUUCCUAGGCAGCACAAGGAAAAAAUAUGAUGAGUUGAUCAUCAAAAUCCAGGAGUGUGAACACUUUCGCAAACGGUAUGAGCACGUUGCUGUCCAGGAAGACAAGUGGGAGAAACUAAUGGGCAUGAAUAGUGCUACAAAAGCAUCCACAGAUGACUGGACAUGGCUAUACACAGAGGCGGAAGCAGUAUUGAACGCUGAGAAAACCCAACUUGAACAGGAAGUUAUCCAAUUUUGCAAAAGACAGGGAAUUAUUUACGAAAAAAUCAAACCGAUUUUUGACGAAAUGCACAUACACAGCAAGACGAAUUCAGAAAUAAUGCAAAAGGAGGUUGAAAUCAAGGAAAUGGGUCCUUACACUGAUGUUUUGGAUGGUGGAUUGGGUCUUUUACUGAAAAAGUACGGGUUUAGAGAUCCAAUUGAAUCCAAAUAUUCCAAAACCCCAAAGGGGAAAUAA